GUUGAACCAAUAGAACAACACAAGCACAUAUGUCUACUUCUAUAUCUGCAGCAUCAUUGCAACCAGAGCAAUGGACUACAUCAGCCAAUGAAGCUGUCAAGCUAUUUGUGACUGAUGCAACUGGAGCCAUAAAUUUUUCACCUACAUUUACCUAUCCUAUAUUUGGAGAUGCCGAAACCAUUUACGGGUAUAAAGAUUUGGUUAUCUUCUUAUGUUUUGAUCAUUUCACCUUCAAGCCAUUUUUCAAUGUUAAGUAUUCGGCAAAAUUAGAUGAUCCAGAUAUUGUUGAUUUAGAACAAGUACUCCGUAAGUUCUUGCCUGAAUCGGCAAUCUAUAAAGACGAGAGUAAAUGGGCGGAUUCAAUUCAAGAAGAAAAGGAAGCUGGAUAUACUAUUCCUGGGGAGUUGAUUGAUAGUUUUGAAAAGGAUGAUUCUGCAUAUGAAAUUUACAAGAUUAAUGUGAAGGAUGCAUCUGGUUUGGAAUUGCACAAGAGAUUACAAAUUUUAGUGUUACUUUUUAUUGAAGCUGGUUCUUAUAUUGAUACUAGUGAUGAAUUGUGGGAUUUGUAUGUUUUAUACAACAAGGAUUCUUCUUCAAUUGUUGGAUUUGCUACUGCUUACAACUAUUGGAAAUAUCCUGGAUCUGUCAAAUUUGAUGACAAUAAGAGAGAAAUUAGAAAGAAAAUAUCUCAAUUUAUAAUAUUGCCAAUAUAUCAAGGUAAAGGAUUGGGUGGCGCAUUGUAUUCUCAUUUAUUUGAUGUAUGGCACAAGGACGAGGAGGUUGUCGAAGUUGUGGUUGAAGAUCCAAACGAAAGUUUUGACGAUAUGAGAGAUCGAGCAGAUCUUUCUCGAUUGAAUAAAGUUUUGGAGUUCUCUAAGGUUACUCCAAAGGUGGAAUCUUCCUGGGUUGAAGAAACACGUAAACUGUUAAAAUUGGAGAAAAGACAAUUUUCUCGAUUAUUGGAGCUUAUUUUGUUGUAUAAAUUAAAGCAUUCAAAUGAGGUAACUAAGAAAGAUGUUCGUUUGUUCAUUAAAAAGAGAUUGUACAAUAAGAACAAAGAAGGCUUAAGCGCUUUGGAUGAAAAUACUAAAAAGGACAAGUUGCAGACUGCAUAUGAAGCCCUUGAAGAUGAUUAUUAUAGAAUACUAGGAGAUUUGAGAUUGUCGAUCAAACGUGCUGGUGAUAACCAAAACAAUGGUAAUAGUAAAAAGGCUAAAGUCGCUUAGAAAUUCAAAUCUUUGAAAGACACUGUAUUAGUAUAUAAAUUAUGUAGAAAAUAUUUUAUAAGUGAGCAAUUGGCU